AUGUAGUUCAUUGGAAAACAAAAACAGGAGUUCAGUCUCUCAGAUGUUCAGCAUGCAUCUGUAGGACAGAAAGACUUUCAUCGAAGUUUAUUUUCAGUGUGGCAAGAUAUUUUCCAGAUGCCUCGAUUAAAAAGAAAACAAAUCACUAUAAAAAAUUUGGAAAAUACCAAUGGAAAUAUUCAUCAACUGAUGAAUGAAACCAGUCAGCCAGACAACACGUCACUCUCUGCCAGGUUCUCUGCAAUACUUCAUGCAUCUCAGUCUUGUGGAGAUUAUGAGAAACUAUUUCAAGGCUUGUUUGAAAAUUAUUUAUUGGUUAAUUUCAAAGACCCACGACUUCAGAAGCUCGUUCAUGGCUCUGAAUGGCUGUGUUUUACUGAUAUCAUACAACAUGAAAUCAACCACACCCAAAUCUACACACUUUUUCCAUACUUACCAUUCACAGCUGUUGCCUUUCAUCUGUUGUUUGCAGUGUUAUCAUACACUAAACUAUCUUAUCCUAGUGCUGACUAUGAGUUCCGGAGCAAGCAGACAACUUUAUCCAAUGUGUUGAAGUCCAUGUUUACUGAUGUUCCAGCACAAGUAAGAUGUUUUGUAAAUCCAACUUCAGCUGUUCAGGACCUCUUGCCUAACCUUUUUGUAAUUAUUCAGCCAAAAAUCAGGCCU